AUGUCCGAGGCCAUGCGGCAUCCGGCUGGCGUAGCGACGAUUUCGAAGAAUCGAUCCCCGAUUUGUCCUGGUCCGAUGUUGUCAUGUUCACGUCUUCGUCUUGUUCACGACGCACCAGCGACCUCCCUCGUGCGACACCCGUACGCCGUAUUCUUCCCCGCCAGUGAGGCGGAGGCACCCUGCAAGAGUCUUGGCAUCAUGGCGCUCGCCGAGGAGGAGAAGGAGGAGGAGAGUCCUUCCUGCGUGGAGGGCCCCCCGCUUGGCUGUGCGCGAGCGUCCUUUCUGUUAUGCAGGCUGGAGCCCUAG